GCGGACACUGGAUAAUCCACGGGAGGUGGCAACCAAGAGAUAAAGGAGGAGGAGAAGAAUAGGGCGAAGAAGAAGACGAAGAGGAAGCGCGCUCCAUCACUCCCGCUUUGUGUCUUCUCGCCAUGCCGGCAGCGUGAGAGCCAUGGAGAGGAACAGCACGGCGCCGAGCGGCGGGUGCGCGAGCGAGCGGGAAUGCCGAGGCGCGUUGGAGAACUGCACCGGCGCCUUGGACGCUAACCUCUCCGUGCGCUGCUGGCUGCAUCUGCUGACGAAGGAGUCCGACUCGGCGUUGCAGGGCGACCCCUCGAGCCUCGCGCUGCGCGUUACGAUUGCGCUCGUUUACUCGGUGGUGUGCGCGCUGGGGCUGGUGGGCAACGCGCUGGCACUCUACCUGCUCCACUCGCGGCACCGGCAAAAACAGAGCUCCAUCGAUUGCUUCGUUAUGGGCCUGGCUUUUACUGAUCUGCAGUUUGUGCUCACGCUGCCUUUCUGGGCCGUGGACACAGCGCUGGACUUUCGCUGGCCCUUUGGUCGCGUCAUGUGCAAAAUCAUCAGCUCUGUGACCACCAUGAACAUGUACGCCAGCGUGUUCUUCCUCACCAGCAUGAGCGUGGUGCGCUACUACUCCAUCACAUCUUCCCUGAAGAUGCACGUACACCGGUCAGCUGCCAUCAAGGCCAAGUGGGUGAGUUUAGGCAUCUGGGCUGUGUCACUUUUAGCCACACUGCCACAUUCUGUCUACUCCACCAUCGCCCAGGUGGCACCGGAUGAGGAGCUUUGCAUCGUCCGUUUUCCAGAGUCAGGCAGCUGGGAUCCUCAGCAGCUUCUGGGCCUGUACCAGCUUCAGAAGGUGCUGCUGGGAUUUCUCAUCCCACUUGUGGUGAUCACACUGUGCUACCUGCUGCUCCUGCGCUUUGUGAUGAGCCGCAGGAUCAUCGGGGGCGCGAGCUCCGAGGCCGAACACGAUCGAAGCAAGCGUCGGUCCAAGGUCACAAAGUCGGUUGUGAUCGUCGUGCUCUCCUUCUUCCUCUGCUGGCUGCCCAAUCAGGCGCUUACACUCUGGGCUGUGCUCAUUAAGUUUGACAUGGUGCCAUUUAGCAACGCCUUUUACAAUGCCCAGGCCUACGCCUUCCCGAUCUCCGUGUGCCUUGCGCACACCAACAGCUGCCUCAACCCGGUGCUCUACUGCCUCAUCCGCAGAGAGUUCCGUGCCGGCCUCAAGGAGCUGGUGAUCAGGGCCACACCGUCUUACCGCAGCCUGGCACAGCUGCGUCCACGCAAAGCCAAAGUGGCAGAGGCCCACGUUCUCUAAUCUCUUGUCUGAAUCUCAGUGAGGAGCAUGUUUCCUUUCUGUGCUCUUCAACACUCUUUCCUUUGACUCUGUUUAUGGCUUUCACAUCUGGUCAUGAUUUGGUCAUUUCUGUGUUUUUUUUAUGUAAUCAGAAGUUCUGCAAACAGCAGUUCUACAAAGCCUGACAGAAAAAAAAACAAAACCAGAAAAAGUGUUUGUCUGAUGCAUGAAUUUAAAUGAUCAAUUUUAAUAUUUGUAGCAGAAAUAUCCUCAGUGCUGUGCUCAAUCCUGAUAUAUAUGAAAAUAUGAACCUUUUAAUCCAGUGUAUAUAAAACGAAUGUUUACAUUUAUAAAAUAUGAUGCAAA